UUGAGAUCUGAAAAGGUACCGAGAAAAAGAUGUAAUUUUAAGUUUGUUUUGUUUGGUUGGAGGGAAAGUGAAAAAGAAAAUAUCCUUUGUUUUGUUUUGUUUUAUUUGUUCUCGUACAUUCCCCCACGCUUUCUUGGGAUCCAAACGUGCGCCUCUUUUUUUUUUUUUUGCUCUGGACAAUGUGCUUUCCGAACGCUUAGAUGUGAUCAGGGAUAAUAAUCAGUGAAAAAGGAGAAAAUGUGGGGGACUAUGAGGCAACGAGUCAGCUACUUGGCCUUGAACAGGACUCGACCUGUAGUAUACGCAUCCAGAAGUUAUGCAUCUGGACCAAAGCAGAUGACAGUACGGGAAGCUUUGAAUACUGCAAUUGAUGAAGAGAUGUCUGCAGAUCCUAAAGUUUUUUUGAUGGGUGAAGAGGUUGGUGAAUAUCAAGGUGCCUACAAGAUUUCCAAAGGGCUUUUGGACAAGUAUGGUCCUGGGAGGGUUAUUGAUACUCCAAUCACAGAGGCGGGCUUUGCCGGAAUUGGAGUUGGUGCUGCUUACCAUGGUCUUAAGCCUAUCAUAGAAUUUAUGACAUUUAAUUUCUCCUUGCAGGCAAUUGACCAUAUAAUUAAUUCAGCUGCAAAGUCAAACUAUAUGUCUGCUGGUCAGAUAUCUGUGCCAAUUGUUUUCAGAGGGCCAAAUGGGGCUGCUGCAGGAGUUGGUGCCCAGCAUUCUCAGUGCUUUGCAGCAUGGUAUGGUGCAUGCCCUGGUUUGAAGGUGCUGGUUCCAUAUUCAUCAGAGGACGCUCGGGGCCUGUUAAAAGCUGCUAUAAGGGACCCUGACCCUGUUGUUUUCCUUGAAAACGAAUUGCUAUAUGGUCAGUCUUUCCCUGUUUCAGAGGAAGCUCUUGAUUCCAGUUUCUCCCUUCCAAUAGGGAAAGCAAAGAUAGAGCGAGAAGGAAAGGAUGUAACUAUUGUCACUUACGCAAGGAUGGUUGAUUAUUCUCUCCAGGCAGCUGAAAUACUCGCAAAAGAAGGAAUUAGUGCUGAGGUUAUAAAUCUUCGCUCAAUCCGUCCCCUUGACAGAUCGGCAAUCAAUGCUUCAGUCAGGAAAACUAGCAGACUGGUGACUGUUGAAGAGGGGUUCCCUCAACAUGGUGUUGGCGCUGAGAUCUGUAUGUCUGUUAUUGAGGAGAGCUUUGAUUCUCUUGAUGCACCUGUCGAAAGGAUUGCAGGGGCAGAUAUUCCCAUGCCUUAUGCAGCAAAUCUUGAGAGAAUGGCUCUUCCACAGAUUGAUGAUAUCAUUCGUGCGGCAAAGAGGACUUGCUACAGAUCAGCUCCUAAGGCUGCAGCCGCUUAGCAUGAUCAAGAUUGCUUAAGCAUUUCAUCUCCCAUUUCCAUUUUCAGAAAAGGUAUCUUUUUUAUCCACCUAUGUCUAUGCACACACAAAUGUUGUGCAUUCCCUCAAAAUUCGGCCAACGCUAGUGACAGCUGCUGGUUCAGCACAUUCCUGUCACCGAGAAACAUUAAAAUAAACAUUCUAUUUUUAUUUAUUUAUUAUUAUUAUUAUUAUUAAGAAAUAAGGGUUUGUAACAAUUUUUUCCCCUGUGGGAGAUCAUGAUUUUGUAAACUGACAAAGAGUGAUCAUGAAACUAAGGCGUAAAUUAUCAAUACUUUUGUUCUUUAUUUUGUCGGUCUUAUUUCAUUCUUUUCUUAGAGAUACAUCAUAGAAAGUUUGGGAUCCAAGAAAAAGGUCAAGUGAGCAUCCCUGGUCCUGGUGGCGCCGUUGGAGGAGGUGGUGGUGGGCUCGGUGGCUUGCGGUCUGGGCUUCCCACCCGCCGCACAGUGACCAAUCUGGGUGCAUAUCCCCCUUCCCUGCUUUGUGCAUUAACUGAUUCCAUCUUCUCACC